AUGAUUUCUGCCUGGCUGUGGCUACUUUGCCUCUCUGUUAUUCAGGCUUUUGCCACUGAGACCCAGCCUGCAGAAAGCCUGCAUACAGAAGUCCCUGAAAACUAUCGUGGAAAUUUCCCUUUUUACAUACUCAAGUUGCCACUACCUGUGGAGAAGGAUGGAGGCCAGAUUGUCCUAUCAGGAGACUCAGGCACAGGAGCUCAAAACACCUUUGUUGUGGAUCCAGAUUCAGGCUUUCUGAUGACAAUGAGGGCCCUGGACCGGGAGGAAAAGGCAGAGUACCAACUACAGGUCACCUUGGAGUCUGAGGAUGGACAUGUCUUGUGGGGUCCACAGCUUGUGAUUGUGCAUGUGAAAGAUGAGAAUGACCAGGUACCCCAAUUCUCUCAGGCCAUCUACAGAGCUCAGCUGAGCCAGGGCACCAGGCCUGGUGUCCCCUUUCUCUUGCUUGAGGCUUCUGAUGGGGAUGCACCAGGCACAGCUAACUCGGACCUUCGCUUCCACAUUCUGAGCCAGUCCCCAGCUCAGCCUUUACCAGAUAUGUUCCAGCUGGACCCUCAACUAGGGACGCUGACCCUUAGUCCCAGCGGAAGCACCAGCCUAGACCAGGCCCGUGAAGAGACGUAUCAGCUACUGGUGCAGGUCAAGGACAUGGGUGACCAGCCUUCAGGCCACCAGGCUAUCGCGACUGUGGAGAUCUCCAUCGUAGAGAACAGCUGGGCACCCCUAGAGCCUGUUCACCUGGCAGAGAAUCUCAGAGUUGCAUACCCACACCGCAUUGCCCAGGUGCACUGGAGUGGCACGGAUGUGCAUUAUCAGCUGGAGAGCCAGCCUCCAGGACCCUUCGAUGUGGAUACGGAGGGGAGCAUUCACGUGACCAUGGAGCUGGACCGCGAGGCCCAGGCUGAGUACCAGCUCCGAGUCCGAGCUCAGAAUUCCCGCGGUGAGGACUACGCAGAACCCCUGGAGGUCCAGGUGGUGGUGACGGAUGAAAAUGACAACGCACCUGUCUGCUCCCCACAUGACCCCACAGUCAGCAUCCCUGAGCUCAGCCCCCCAGGAACUGAAGUGGCCAGGCUCUCGGCAGAGGAUUUGGAUGCCCCCGGAACACCCAAUUCCCACAUUGUGUAUCAGUUGUUGAGCCCUGAGCCCGAAGAGGGGGCUGAAAACAAAGCCUUCGAGUUAGAUUCCACCUCAGGCAGUGUCACACUGGGAACGGCCCCACUGCACGCUGGCCAGAAUAUCCUGCUUCAGGUGCUGGCUGUUGACUUAGCAGGAUCAGAGGGUGGCCUCAGCAGCACCUGCGAGGUGGCAGUCAUGGUCACAGACAUCAACAACCACGCCCCUGAGUUCAUCAGUACCCAGAUUGGGCCUGUGAGUCUUCCGGAGGACACAGAGCCUGGGGCUCUGGUGGCCACACUCAUGGCCACUGAUGCUGACCUGGAGCCUGCCUUCUGCCUUAUGGACUUUGCCAUCGAAGAAGGAGACCCAGAAGGAAUCUUUGACCUGUCCUGGGAGCCGGACUCUGACCGUGUCCAGCUCAGACUCCAGAAGAGCCUCAGCUACGAAGCAGCUCCUGAUCACAAGGUGGUGGUGGUGGUGCGGAGCGUAGAGGAACUGGUGGGCCCAGGCCCAGGCCCUGCAGCCACAGCCACGGUGACUAUACUGGUGGAGAGGGUGAUACCCCCCCUCACAUUGGACCAAGAGAGCUAUGAGACCAGCAUCCCAGUCAGCACUCCAGCUGGCUCCCUCCUGCUGACCAUCCAACCCUCAGACACUAUGAGCAGAACUCUCAGGUUCUCCCUGGUCAAUGACUCAGAGGGCUGGCUCUGCAUUAAGGAGGUAUCUGGGGAGGUACACACAGCCCAGUCCCUGCAGGGUGCCCAGCCUGGAGACACAUACACAGUGCUUGUGAAGGCCCAAGACACAGCUGAGCCAGGGCUGAGCACUUCUGCCACCGUUGUGGUCCACUUCCUGAAGGCCUCUCCUGUCCCAGCAUUGACUCUGGCCUCUGGACCCAGCCGACACCUCUGUACACCCCGCCAAGACUAUGGUGUGGUUGUGAGUGGGGUCAGUGAAGACCCUGACCUGGCCAACAGGAAUGGUCCCUACAGCUUUGCUCUUGGUCCCAAUCCCACUGUGCAGCGAGAUUGGCGCCUCCAGCCUCUCAAUGAUUCCCACGCCUACCUCACCUUGGCAUUGCAUUGGGUAGAGCCUGGUGAAUACCUGGUACCUGUGGUUGUCCACCAUGAUACCCAUAUGUGGCAACUCCAGGUCGAAGUCAUCGUGUGUCGCUGCAAUGUAGAGGGUCAGUGCAUGCGCAAGGUGGGUCGCAUGGAGGGAAUGCCCACGAAGCUCUCAGCGGUGGGUGUCCUCUUGGGUACCCUGGCAGCGAUAGGCUUUAUUCUCACCCUGGUCUUCACACACCUGGCCCUGGCAAGGAAGGACCUGGAUCAGCCAGCAGACAGCGUGCCCCUGAAGGCAGCGGUGUGA